GGAGAGCCAGGCGCGCGCGGGAGCUAGGCUCGGGGAGGGGCCGGCGGUGGGGGAGUGUCUGCUGCCCCCGCCCCUCGAGUGAGUGACUGAGCGAGGAGCUCCCCUCCCUCGCUCGCUCCUCGCAAGCUCCCGCUCGCUCCCUGCCCACUCCCGGGGGAACGUUCCGUGCUGCGGCCGCCGCGGCCGCUGCUUCUUUCACACUUUAGUUGGGAGCUGCGCGCCGCGCUCAGUUACUGGAGAGCUGGCCGCGCGCCGCCGCCUCCCGCACGCUUGCACGCGGGCCCGGCUUCGGGGUUUUGGGUUCUUACUCCAAGCGGCGGGGAGGAGGGGGAGCCCCGGACACACUGUGGGGAGGAGGAGGAAGAAGAGGAGGAGGGAGGAAGAAAAAAGACGAGGAGGACAGGGGCGGGGGGCGGGAGGCUUGCCACCUUCAGCCCCCCCGCGAACGCCCAAGGUGCACACAUCUUGACCAACUCAGCAGCAAGGUGGAUUUUCUUUGUGUUUAAAGAAAAAAAAUGUCCCCGUGUCUGUAGAGAUGAUUUGCAGUUCAGCCCGGCUGAAGCUGACCGAAUGAGACUAUGGGCUGUGCCUCCGCCAAGCAUGUUGCCACUGUUCAAAAUGAAGAGGAAGCCCAGAAAGGGAAAAACUACCAGAAUGGAGAUGUGUUUGGCGAUGAGUAUAGGAUCAAACCAGUGGAAGAGGUCAAAUACAUGAAAAAUGGGGCAGAAGAAGAGCAGAAAAUAGCAGCCAGGAACCAAGAAAACUUGGAAAAAAGUGCCAGCUCAAAUGUAAGACUUAAAACUAAUAAAGAGGUUCCGGGAUUAGUUCAUCAACCCAGAGCAAACAUGCACAUCUCUGAAAGCCAACAAGAAUUCUUCAGAAUGCUGGAUGAAAAAAUUGAAAAGGGUCGGGAUUACUGUUCGGAAGAAGAGGAUAUCACAUAGCACCAAUUUUACCACUCAAACCAGGAGCUACUACUGUGUAAAUAGGUUACACCCCAGUUGAAAUCUUUGCAAAGGUCGGUUCUAUUCAGCGAACAGCACUAUAGCAAAAGAAGAUCGUUCCAUAUUGUAUGCCCCAUUAAAUUACAGUGUUUCUUAAUGAACUUGCAAAGGAAUAUUGCUAAAAACAAACAAAAAAAACUGUUAUCGAACUUUCUUUGUUGCUGCUAGUUAAAACUUGUUGCAACUUUUCACUUCUCUUGUGUCCAGGUAUGCAGCAAAAUUCUGCAAUUUCACCUUAAAGAUACUGUUGGUUUUACAGAUGCUCUCCAACCUAUUUUCUAUAAGAUGAGGUAGUGGUGAACUCAGAUAACAAACUUCUCUUCUAAACUGAUUCUGCUUCUAAGACAAGCAUCUCCUGCCCUCUCUCCUUCCUCCCCAUCUCUCGCACGCAGUCUAGAGAUGGACUGAGCCUUGCUUCUCACUGGCAGUGUUGAGCUUUGGAGAUGGGAUGGUUGCUAUGCCAAGCCUUGUUUCUCUGCUCAGAAGAAGUAGAGAAGCUAUUAUCAAUUAAAAGCAUGCUGUGAUGUGACUCCUGGAAGUGAUGUAGGAGUGAGUGGCAGGUUGUUUGAUUUAAUAGGUAUCUUAAUCAAGAAUUAAGCUUGCAACAUUGGCUUUGCUCAGAUGCAGAUGGAAGUGUGAUCACAAUCAUUUUGAAUCCCUCUUCCUCACUUUUUUUUCUAAGAAAAUAAACAUUUUACUGUUUUUAUGGAUCCUUGUCUUCUCCCAUUCAUCCAGCUCAGUGUUUUAAGAUGAUCCUGGGUGCAGAAGUUGAGCCCUCCUUUGCAUUGACACUGAUAAUUAGCCUAAAGGGCUCCCUACCCUUCCGUUAAGAAUCUACCAAGCAUUAGCAAGGCUGAAAGUGGUCUAAGAGGUGAGGGGACAUCCUAUGACUUUUUAGGAGGGCCUGAAACCACCUUGUUACCUUUCAUUUUGUUAGCAAAUAAACCAUCCUAUUUCGUAACUCUCCCCCUUCAAAAUGCUACAUGAGCCUUGCCACUUCCUUUUUCUCUUACUUCCAGCACACUAGACAUAGGAAAAGUGUUUGCCUACUCAAAAACAUACUUUUAUGCUGAUGAUAUUUGGAGAUGUGAAAGCCAAAAGCCCCUGGCAGUGGUGGGGAAUGUUGACUGAGUGUUCAGCAGAGUUUAUUUUUCCAUACUAUAUGAAGAGAAUGAUCUCUUCUCAAAGACAGAAGUGAUAUUUUUAACAAAUAUUGUCACAAGUAAAUAGCAAUCAAAAGGAGAAAAUAACUUUUGUAUUUUUUUAAUGUGUUUGAUAGCUUUGACGAGGGUUCUCUUUGUUACUUUCAGGGGAGGGCAUCCUAUUAAAUGCCACGCCAGCAGUCCGGGUCUGGGUUUGUCCCACAAAAAACACAGGAGCACUGUAUGUUUCUCUCUUUUGGAGUUGUGACUUUGAAGGGCCUCAAUAUUAGCCACAUUGCCGCCUGCAGAAGGUGGAGAGUUAAGAUGUUCUGUGUCAAUUUGCUCUUGCCGAAAAGAUGAGCCUCGAUUUUAAAAUCUAUCCACAUAACUGAUGGCACCAUUGAUGUGCGAAUAAUGAGAUUCCCUAUCUCCUUUUAGACCUGGGACGGCAAAAGGGAAGGGAAGGAAACUUAGCAGAGUGCUAGUGACUAUAGAUUCACAUAUUAGCAACAAAAAUCCCGUAAUUCUUUUGGCCAACAGCAGCUAUUUUGGGGAGCAGCUGUGGCUGUUACAUAAAUAGAGAUGCAGCCAAAAUUUUAGGCUUUUUAUCCUGCUUCUAGCAGAAAAAUGCAGGGAGAGUCAAGUAGUCUAGGGUUUCAGGUUGCCUCCCCUCAUAUGGUUUUUGGCCAAGUGACUAAAACAGUUUUCCACAACUGUAAACGAACUGCUAAGCCCCACCUCAAGCUUGUUCACUGGGGACUUUGCUUACCGUUCUGUGGGUGACCUUUUCUGGGAUUUCUUGUUCUUAUCAAGCAAGAAUUAAGCACAUGCUAAACGUCUUCCAUUUGACUUCUCUACUCGGUGUCUCAGACAGUGUCUUCCCAGAAAACCACCACCCUCUACCCAAAGAUGAAACAUGCUCAUGUCAUUUUUCUCAUGGUCACAUUUAACACUUUUGACAUGUUAUGCUUGCGCAUAGAUCCAAGCGUUUCUUGGGAACCUGACUUUUGAGUGUUUAAUAAAGCCGGAAGUGGUGUUGCCCUGAACCAGCAGAUUUUCACCUGGGUUCUGGCUCCGGUGUUUAACACUGGAUACAUCUUUGACGUGCGAAAGUGAGUUCAUCUUCAGACACAUUUGGUACAUCCAGAAAUAGAGCCAAGAAAUGGGGUGGUUGAGUGGGGCCGCACGAAAUGCUUGAUUAUGUCAGCAACACCCAACACUGUUUUCCAUUUGUUGGUUUUAAUCAUAAAAUUAUCAAGUGA